CAUUUCUCGCAUUACUCAGAAUAAAAAUUGGUCGUCGCGUCAGUCAGCUCGAAUAUGCUUUAAAUUGCAAAACGUCGUAGCUUUAAAUAAGGAAGCUCUAGUGUGUUUCUGAUGCUUAAUUAAGAGCAGGCUAAGUGAGAAAUCAUUUGAAUUAAUGCAGGUUGCAUCUGUCUUACAGACAAUUGCUAAGAGUCGUGCUUCAAAAACUUGUACUGCAUUUCGUUGAAAUUAUUUGAUUAAUUUUUCGAAUUGUGCAAACUCUUGAGAUUUUGCGACUUCGAAAACAUUGAACAAUUCAACAAACAGAAGAUUCGACAUUACAUUUCGCAAAACUAGUUGGGCUUCAUACAAUACACAGCAGCAGCCGUUAGAAAUACAAGAACAAAGCAAAGAGCGAAAAAAGCUGACUUUCCACUGAAAAAGCGACACGCCAUUGUGCAUAAGUGUAAUAAGUGCAUUGGAAAAACCAGCGCUUCGUAUAAAAGAGCUAACAAAAUUCAAUGUAAGGAUUAGUUCAAGGCAGAAAAAAUAAACAGAAACAGCAUUAUGGACUCUAAGGGUAAACAAAACACCAACAGUCAAGACACUGCCAAUUCUGAAAAUGGUAUUGUGCAGAGCUCGCAGCCGAAACCUGUGCCUCAUGUGCAGAUGGAUGCUGAGCGACUGCGCACGGACAGUGAAAGCUCCACAGACAGCCUGACGCGUUUUGUAUUGCCCAGUUUGGAUGGCAGCCCACCUAAAAUUGUUACUAUGGAAGAGGUAUCGACCAUGUUUAAAAAUCUGAAAAACAUGGAGCUCGCGCAUGAAAUAGCUCUCAAUCCUGAUUUUAAACUGCAGCAGUACGAACCGCCAUUAGAUAGUCUUGAGGGUCGCAUUAAAGCAACGGUACAUAAGGCCUUCUGGGAUCUGCUGCGCCAGCAGUUGAAUCGUACGCCACCCUCUUAUGAUCAGGCUAUACGCUUGCUAACCGAGAUCAAGGAGUACUUUCCUGAGAUUUUGGCACCUAACAACUCUCGUGCGAUUGCACACAUUAACAGCGUAUUAGAUGAAACCCUUAUACGCCAACAGGCAGAACGUGGGGUACUAGACUUCAAGGUCUAUGCCAAUUUUGUGAUCAACAUUCUAUCGCGCAUGUGCUCGCCAGCGCGUGAUGAGGCGAUCGCAAAGCUGCGAGAAAUGGAUGAUGUUGUCGACACAUUCCAGGGCAUACUUGAGACCAUGACUCUAAUGAAGCUCGACAUGGCGAACUUUUUGCUGGCAGUAGCGCGCAACGACAUCGCGGCGAACUCCGUGGAGUACGAAAAGCAAAAGUUCACAAACUAUUUGCGCGAGUUUCAUGGAAAUGUUGGCUUUCCAGCCACGGAGGAUUGGUUGCAACGAAAUCGCACAACGGCCAAUAACAACGAUGAUACAAUUUACAAUGCCUACAUGGAACUUAUAGAUUGGGAAGCGGGCACGGAAUUUCCUGAAGUGCUUAACAUUGAUAAGGAACGUUUUACGGGUUUGGGCUGGCGUGCUAAACGACUCAUACUGUGUGCAUCGCUAAUUUCUAUUGCGUCGAGUGCUCCAGUCCUCUCGCAACGUCGUGAAAAUCGCGUCAAGCUGGCACAGCAACUGGACAUUAUUUUACAAGAUGUGAAACAGGAGGACCAAAUGGGAACUGCUAUUAAGAGCUGCUACGAACAAAUUCGCUCGUUCGUCCAGGAUGCUCUGGCUAAGGAGCAGCUUCCUGCCUUAAAUGAGGCACUUACAGCGCAACUGAAAGCUCAAGUAUUGCAGUUAGCCAACAAGAAUUCACCAGUUCGCAGUCUUAUGGCCAAGCGUUUGGAUGAGGUUGUGCGCGUUGCAUUGCGCUCUAAUGGCAGCAUUCCUCCACCACCUUCUGGUUUCGUUGACUACCAGGAGGAAUUGGUUGCGUUUAUAGCUUCAUUUCGGCGACUAGUCUCUUACAACCACGCAGUAUUUGGAGAAUAUUUCAUGGAGCGGUUGAACAAGCAAAAUAAGUUGCAGGCUGACGAGGGAGCAAAAACUGGUGCCGAUGACAGUGGUUUGGGCUUGGAUACCAGUACUUCUGACACUGGAACUGUCAAACCAUAAGACGCACAUGUUAACAUAUAUGUGUGUUAACAAUAUCACUUCCUGACACACACACACACACACCCACACAGAAAAACAACAACAGAGACCAUAGUCAAUUUUGAUUGAAUGGAUGAGGGCUGUUGAAGCAGAAGUUGUUGGCCAGUGUUCGUUCAGAAAGCGAUGCAUACGCUUGGUCGAUUUGGAUAUUAGAUAGAGCGGCUCGGACACAAGGAACAAAAUAGAACAGCAACGGAGAAUAUAUCGUGACUUGGCCAAUGGUGACGCCAGCUAUAUAUAACUGAUUUUCCUUUAUAUGUUAUGUUUAUACAGAAAUUAAUGCUAAAUCAACAAUUGCCAAGCUUGAUUCAUGGUCAUGAUGAUAUACAUAGACAAUAAAAUACAUUCUGGCCGUGAAUCAACACGAAAUGCAAUUUUACAAUAUAAUUUGGUUGAAUUAUUCAUAUUGAUCUCAAGUUCUUACCUUGUGUGAAAUUCUUUCGUAAGAGCUUAAGACGCACAGGCAUUAAAUUAGGUGCAACAGAAAAUUGUCAUACCAUUAGAA